UUGGAGCUUAGCUUGGAGUGUCAACGGAUUUGAUGCUAGUAAGACAGUAAACUAGUAAGAGAAGUUAUAUAUUAACUAACGUGCAGUUCAUAAUUUGCUAUCCUCUUGUAUUAUAAUUUUGUCUGAGCAAUAAUUUUAUUUGGUCGAAAAUAUAUAUGUAAAGCCGACUACCACACUACAUUUGAACAGUUACUGUGCAUAAUUUCAUGUAACUAGCUAAAGCUAACGUUAACCAAACAUGGCUGAUGGUGAAACGUAUGCUUCGGAAACUCUUUUUUCGUUUGAGGUGUUGGUGGAGUAUAUACGAAUCCACAAACCUGGUUUAGUGAAGAGAGGGUUUGAGCCAGCAGUAGGGGUCCGCCUCUUGGAUUUCCCUACUUUGCUCAUUUACCGAGGGGAGCAGGACGAUUCUCGGCACCAGGAGGACUCGGACAGUGAGAAAGAAAACACGGCGACCCACAUUUCAAAACACGAUGCUUCACUUCAGCAACAUAUGAAUCGCAGCAUGGAAUACCGAUUCAGGAAAGGCAAAUCGUGUCUGUUUAAAAUAAACUUGGAUUUAUUUCAUACGCAUCUCUCUAAUGUGCCUCUCUAUGUUAUGGUUUUGGAUUCAAGAAACGAAAUUCCCAAAUUGAUGGGAAGCUCCAUGGUCUCUCUUGCGAAAAUUAUCGACGUAAUCAAAACGGACGUCAAGCAGCUUGGCAUUUGUACCCCAUCUGCGCAGGGAGAAAAGGGAUUAUUUGGCAUAUAUAAUCUGAUGGGCGAAAAAAUAGGCUGCAUUUCUUUGGGAUACAAACUUUUAAGUUUGGGAGCAAGUCUGAUACCACACAUUCCUGAAAGUAGGGUUUUGCAUUUUGGUUCAGGUAAAACUCCUGUUAAACAACCUUUGAAACCAUCUGAUAGUGUCCCAGAAACCAAAACAUACAGAGGCGAAGGCAUUCUGCAACCCGACUCCUCUAAUGUACUUUAUCAGAACAUUGAGUUAGACGGACAGCAAACCGACGUUGUGGUGUCAGAGACGGAGGCAAAACGGGCCCCCGCUGUAUCGAUGGGAACGCAAACUGAACCGGCAAGAAGGCAAGUGAAGAGAAUUGAAGUGGAGCAAAUUGACUUUGAUAGGGAGGGGAACCUCAAUGUGUACUGCCCCCCUCCUCUGUACUACAGCUGCUCAGAGGGGAGACGGGAAGAGGCGGACGCAGACAGAUACAGGCCGGUGGACGUGGCGAUGGAAGCACUCAGAGUUGAAGAUCUCCAUGCAGAAGACGAGGAGCUGGAUCUCCCUGCCGAGAGGAGGAGCGUAGGUCCCUCAGGGGAGGCGCGGAGGAGCAGAGCUACGGAGCAGUCCCAGGCACCUCCCGCUCUCCUGGGGGAGGCUCUGAGACGGCUGCCUUUAUUGAGCGCGCUCCUGCAGGAGCUGUCCCAGUUAAAUGGCCAGGCUCAGGAGCUUCCUUUUCCUGCGCCCGCGGGGCUCGCCUGGCAGCGCCAGCCAGUGCCACAUACCCCCACACCGCAGCCCCGCAGCUCCUGCGCAUCACCGACAUCCAGAGGCAGCAGGUCACCCAGCCCCCGGCUCAAACGCAGCCAGGUGAAUUCAGCAGCCCCCCCGCUCGCCCCGCCGAAACACCUGGGCAAAGCGCAGAGGCAGAGCCUAAGGCCUGGGAAGGAGGCCCCGAAAUCUCCUCCGAAGAGGAAAUUAGUGCACCGUCUGACCAAAACCGUGCGGCUCAGGCUGCAGCAGCACAACCCUGACGUGCUGAGGGAGCAGGAGCGCAGAGAGCAGCUGUGGGGAAGUCGGGCCUCGAUACUGAAACAGGCCAGCGGGAGGCGCCACCGGCCCAGCACCGCUAAAUCAGGGCAGAAGCUAACCAGCUCCCCCAGGGGCCAGGCUCUGGACUGGACUGCGAAUCUGGACGAGAACGUGCAGACGCUGGUUAGCAGCGUGGACCUCGACUCUACCCGGACAGGAACACCACCAUUGCAGCCCAGAGCGUGCAAAAGAGGCGGGGGCCGCCGGACGGGUCAAAGUGAAAACGGCAGCGCCGUGCACUUCAGUCCUCCCUAUGACCACGUUUCCAGACCCGCUGCAGAAGGAAGCCCAGGCCUGGGUCAGAACCGGACCGUGCAGGUCCGCAUCCCCAGCGCGCUGAGCCAAUACUCAGACCGCAGCGAUGGAGGCGGGGCCCCGAGCGACACCAGCGACCCCUGGCUCCCGUUGAAUAACCCUGGAUUCCGCAGCCCCGCGGCACUCCGCUCAGAUUCCUGCAGGGGUUCCCCCGAUCCCGGUGAGUACCUGGACGAUUUCACCAGCCCGGAGCCCACGGAGGGCUUCUCCCCAGACCUCCCUGGGAGCCCGGAGCCAGCCUCGGGCAGGGUCAGCAAACAGGCCUCAGGCAUCAACAGCGCUUCCCAAGAACGCCGUAGGCUACAGGCCUCGGACUCCGACAGCGCUUCCCAGGAACAUCGUAGGCCACAGGCCUCAGAUUCUGACAGUGCUUCCCAAGAACGCCGUAGACCACAGACCUUGGACUCCGACAGCGCUUCCCAGGAGCGCCGUAGACCACAGGCCUCAGAUUCCGACAGUGCUUCCCAGGAACGCCGUAGGCCACAGGCCUCGGACUCCGACAGCGCUUCCCAGGAACGCCGUAGACCACAGGCCUCGGACUCCGACACCGCUUCCCAGGAACGCCGUAGACCACAGGCCUCGGACUCCGACAGCGCUUCCCAGGCGAGCGGCCGGCCGGCCCUGACUUUCCCGGUUAAGUCGAGAGGCUCUCCCCAGCGCUCUCUCAAAGGCACUCACAUCAUCAGGCCUCGCACCCGGGCCUCAGCCAUCAGCAUCUCCUCGGGAGACAGCGAGCGUGUGUCUGCCUUGGCCCGCUCCGGUCCCGCCAGGCAUCGUGGGUCUGGAGCAGCGGGCGGGGCCGCCGGGGGACCCUCCGUCUCCCAAGAGUCCGGAGGAUCUGGGGUCCAGCUGUCCGAGCGCUUCGAAAACAGCCCGUCACCCCAAGCCUGUCCUGCGGACUCACGUUUACUCUCUAAUGACUCUGAGCUCGACUCCGUCGUCUCCCCUCCUCCCGAAAACGAAGGAGAAACGAGGGAUGAACUUGGGUCCUUAGGGUUCAGUAAUAAAUGCCAUCACAUCUCAGAGCUGGUGCUAAGUAAGCUCCCAGGGUACACGCUGUGAGCACUAUAGUGUCUUUUCAUGCUUGUACUUAUUCUGUCAUCUGUCAUCCUUCCAACUCGUACAUGCGUUAACUCCUGAUAACUGCAUAUGCUGGACUCCAUUUUGAGGAUUUACACGCAGCAGGAGAAAAUAAAACCAGUGGAAUCUGCAGUGCGUGGUACAAUUAUUAGAUUUGCAGUUCUAAGUUAUCAGUUGCAUUUUUUAAAUAAAAACACAUUGCAGUUUACAAUAAUCACACUACAAAACAUGCAAUUCAAAAAGGUGUAAUUUUUUAAAUUUUAUUUAUUGGAUACUGAGGAAAAUUCUUUUAUUAGGAACUGUGUCCACUGAAGUGUUCAUAUUCUGAAUCCAAAUAUCUAUAAAUAGUAAUAAUGUGUGUACCAUAUUUUUCAAAUGGUGAUUCAAAUAAAAACAUAACAGAUGA